CCGAGUCGUGUCGUGUAGUCAUCGUAGUCAUUCUUUAGCUCUGUAGUUUCUUUGUACUAUUUAUUUAAUUCAAUUUUGUAAUAUUAAAAUGCAGGAGUCCUAUCCAACAAUACGAAAGGUGCCAACACACAUAAUCACAUGGGGAAAAUGGAUAGAAGAAUCGCUUGGCGAUCAUAAGGAGAUUAUUCUGUGCAUUACUGGUAAUCCUGGACUGCCAGGUUUUUACACAAAAUUCUUAUCUACUGUGUAUGAUUGCCUUGACAAAAGAAUACCUGUGUGGGUCAUCGGACAUGCCGGCCACGAUGAAGCUCCCGAAAGUCCAUAUAAAAAACCAGUUCCUCCGAUAGAAAAUAAUGAAAAUCUGUAUGAUCUAAACGGUCAACUGGAACACAAGAUUGAAUUCAUCCGUAAAUAUAUUCCAAAAAAUGUCAAAGUGCAUCUCAUUGGUCAUUCCAUCGGUUGUUACUUAGCUUUAGAACUACUCAAAAUUCCUGAUGUCAGCGAAAAGGUUCAAUUUUGCUAUAUGCUAUUUCCCACUAUUGAACGAAUGGCCGAGGCCAAAAAUGGAUUUAUAUUGACCAAAAUCGUAAGACCAAUAUACUGCGCAUUGCAAUGGUUCUAUCGGUGCUUUGCUUUGCUACCAACGUUAAUCAAAAUAUGGAUCAUAUAUUUUUACUUUCUGUUAACUCGCACACCCAAAUACUAUUUAGGAACAGCCCUUAAGUAUACAAAUCCUGCAGUUAUGGAUAAAGUGUGGUUUAUGGCAAUGGAUGAAAUGAAGCUGGUUCGAAAUUUGGACUUAGAAAAUAUCCAGUUGAAUAAAAGAAGACUGAAGUUUUAUUAUGGCACAAUUGAUGGAUGGGCUCCAGUAAAAUACUAUCAUGAACUGAAACAAAGGAUACCGGACGUGGAUGCGGAAUUGUGCACAAGAAAAAUUGAACAUGCUUUCGUGAUGCGCUCGGCGUCGACGAUGGGAUUUAUGGUAGCUGAAAGGAUACGUAAGCAAGCGAUGAUUGAUUGAUUCUAACGCAAUUUUUAGCGAUUUGUCUCAUUCAAAUAUAGGUUCUAUAAAACA